AUCAUCCUUCACCGAAUCCAACUCGAUUUAGGUUGCACCAGGAGUCAGAAUGGCGUCCAUCUCCUUCUCCUUGCCCAAGGCAUCCCUCUUCAAGUUCCCACCCGCCACCAACCCGGGCUUCGUUCCUCCUCCCCCAGCCGGCCCCAACUCCUCGACAGUCUUUGACAUCCCCGAUGAUGUCUACUACGCCUGGUUGGACCCCAAGGUCCCUCUCACGAUCGCUACCGUCUACGCCGUGACCGCCAAGCUCCUCAACAUCUACAACAAGUCCACCGGCAAGAAGCCCUGGGCCAUCAGCAAGACCAGGCCUUUCCACUGGUUCGUCAUUGCCCACAAUGUCUUCCUCGCUGUAUACUCGGCCUGGACCUUCAUUGGCAUGCUCGGUGCCGUCCGCCGCUCCUUCGUGAGCCCCUUCGGUCCUGAGGGCCUGGCUGGUUUCGUCGACUCCGUCUGCCGCAUCAACGGUCCCGCUGGUCUCAGCAACUCUGUCUUCUACAACGAUGAGGCUGGUGCUUUCCAGACCUACUCUCCCCACGUCACCCUCGGUGCCGAUGGCAACCCCAGCCGCUUCGACUCUGGCCGUCUGUGGAACGAGGGUCUUGCUUUCUACGGCUGGAUCUUCUACCUCUCCAAGUUCUACGAGGUCGUUGAUACCCUCAUCAUCCUCGCCAAGGGCAAGCUUAGCUCCACUCUCCAGACCUACCACCACGCCGGUGCUAUGCUCUGCAUGUGGGCUGGUAUGCGCUACAUGUCCACUCCUAUCUGGGUCUUCUGCUUUGUCAACUCCUUCAUCCACGCCCUGAUGUACACCUACUACACCGUUACUGCCUUCAAUAUCCGCGUUCCUACCCCCAUUAAGCGUACCCUCACCAGCAUGCAGAUUACCCAGUUCCUUCUCGGUGCCUCCUACGCCAUCGUCCACUCCUUCGUCUCCUACACUAUCCCCGUUGUGGUCGCCAACCCCGAGAAGACUGCUUCCGCUGUCGAGGCCGCCAGCACUGUUGUUGACAGCCAGAAGGUCCUUGUCUUUGGCAAUGCUACUCGCGUCGACGCCGCCGAGGCCACCUAUGGCCAGCGCGUUGUUCCCUGCGUCACCAGCAACAACUCCACCUUUGCCAUCUGGCUCAACGUCUUCUACCUUGCUCCUCUCACCUAUCUCUUCAUCUCUUUCUUCAUCGAGAGCUACACGCGCCGCAGCAACGCUGCUGAGAAGACCAAGAACGCCAAGCCCGUCGACAACGUCGCCAUGGCUGAGAAGGCAGGGUGGGAGGCUGCCAAGAAGAUGGAGGGUGAGGUCUAUGGUGAGACUAAGGAGGACACCUACGAGGCUCGCACCACCCGCUCUGCCUCCAAGCGUACCCUUCGCCAGCGCGCUUAAACAAUGUCUGACCACUUUGACCACUAUCCGAUCUGGAGUUAGCCCUAUAACCUCCAGUAUGUCCAGUAUGAAUGGGGGUUAUGCGCUCCGCAAGUCCGGUCGUGAUCCAGACCUGGCGAUAGCCUCAAGAGGCCAGAUGAUGUCAGCUCUCAUCCGGUAUCUCUUCUUUCUUCGCUACUUGUUCUCCGCUUGGAGCCAACAAAACAGGUGAAGUGGGGAAAAACAAAAAAAGAAACAAAAAAAAGACUGACAUACAGAGAUACCCGAUUCUCUGCGCCGCGCCCACGCCUCAAUGGUAUGUGGGUAAACACCCGUGUUUCUCAAGGCGGUAGCAGAUUAUCUCAAAGCCAAGAGCAGGGCCACUCGGCUGUUCAAGGUUGUUCGAAGAUAGGAAACAAGGAACUUUGUGGUUCUCUUAGAUGAGGGAUGAUUAACGUUGAUUGGGUUUUAUUAGCAUAAGGAAAGAGAAAAGGGAAGGGAAAUAGCAUGGGACGGGUAUUUUGCUUGGGUUAUCGGCAUAUCAUUAUUUCAUCAGCACAUUUUGGCAUUUCAUAGAAUACAACUGUUCAUGGUCCAUCUUCAAA